CCUGGGGGAAAGAAUUUCCCCCGAGAAGCCUCUCUGUUGGUAAAGUGUGUCCUCUCGGGGUGACUGUGGCUGUCCUCUCCGAGAAGCUAGAUCUCUGCGUUCCCGGGAAAGAAUAUUUUAGGGUACAAGUGUUGAUUUUAGUGUGGCCUUCCCGAGAAUUCUUACUACCCUGCGGUAAAUAGGAUUGUGUAAAGUGUGUCCUGGGGGAAAGAAUUUCCCCCGAGAAGUCUAGUGAACCCAAACGGAACAGCUUCUCUGUUGGUAUAGUGUGUCCUCUCGGGGUGACUGUGGCUGUCCUCUCCGAGAAGCUAGAUCUUGGUGUGAUCUCCCUGGAGGAAUUUAUUGUGUGUUUGUCUGGGGAACAGUGUUUGUGAGUGAGCUUUCUCUGAGCAGUUUUUGUAGGGAAGAUUUUUGAGGUAUAAGGUCUUUGUGUUGUUGUGACCUCCCCGUGGAGCUCUUACCUUAAAGGCAAUGGCCACGGUGGAGAGGCUUUUCUGUCUGUUGGAAGCUCACGGUGCCCGCCCGUCCGUGGAAGGGCUGGAUUGGGCCCGUGAGAACUGGAGUAACUGUCAGAGUGUGGCGGAUCGGAUUGUGGCCCUGCAGAAGGAGGCACGGGCCAAGUCGGGAAAGGGCAAAGCCUUCAUCUGUGCAGUUUUGGGUGCGUGUUUGGCUGCUUCAAUAGAUGAAAAGCAAAGCCAAAACGGACGAGAGAAUAAACUCAUUUCCUCCUUGCAGGAGCUGGUAGAUUCCCUGCAAGGGCAUAUUGUAACUUUAAAAGAUGAAGUGGCAGAUCUUAAGGAUAGAUUAAAAACAGAACAGAAGCGGCAAAAGUGGUUUUUGAAGGAGGAAGAGUUAAAGCAGACAGAGCCUGCCUCCAUAUACCCCCAGGCAGAACUGGCAGCAGCAGAGGAAGCUGCUGCUCACAUGCGUCCUCUCAUUAAAACUGAGAUGCUGUAUGAGGAUGAGGAUGGCACCCCUGCCAUCACAACGAAAGAGAUACCCUUUUCUUCCACUGAGCUGGCCAAACUGCGUAAAGAGUUUGCACGUUCGGCUAGAGAGUCUGAGGUGGAAUAUGUAUGGCGUGUCUCUAGAACUGGAGGUGAUCAAAUUAGGUUGACAGAGGCUGAAGCUACAGGCUAUUGGGGUGCUAAUGUGUUCCUAACUACGGGCAAUAGGAGUGGUCCCUGGAGCCUUACUCAGCGAGCAGCUUUUUGGGCUGGGGGCUUUGAUUCAAAGGAGAGAGGAGAGCCUCUAGUUCUGAGGGGAGGCAUGAAUCAGAUAAUGGAAAAUGUGCAGAAGGCAGCUUGUUUGCAAAUGGUCUAUGAUCGAGAACUGAAACAUCAUUUUGAAUCGCCCCUUUCUCUCUUGGUGGACCCGAAGCGAAUGACCCCCCUGGUGAGGGGACUUCCUGACUCCCUCAAGAUGAAAGGCAUUCAGCUCCAAAAGGAGAUAGCUGACACCCCACUUACCUCCCGAAUACAAGCUGCUCUGAGGGAGAACUUAACACCCGGGAGGAACCAGCCCGAUGGCAGACAAUGGACGUGGGAGGAGGUGGCUAGAGAGCUAUUAGAUUAUGCCAGGCAGUAUGGGGUGCCUGAGGAAGUUCAUAAGCCUGAGCCUAGAGGCUUGAGGCAUGUGAAAAUUAAUCACCCACUGCCAAGUGCAGAUCCCCAGAGCCAGAUGCUUCGAAUCCCCAAACGACACUCGACUGGGGGGAGGGAGCAUCCGAACACUAGACAGUAUUGGUGGGGGCUUGGCCGAAAGAAAGGUAUCCCAAAAGAAGUGAUUGAUGGGUUAUCUUCAGUGCAGUUGGAAAUCGUUGUAAAAAACUGGCCAGAGUCUAGCCAGAAACCCGAGCCCACUGCACCCCCCUUGAUAGACUUAUCUGAUGUGGGGAAAGGCGUGCCCCCUUCUCAGCCUCAGAGGAGCUGAGAGCUUCACCCCUCUGUGGUGAGUGGGGGAGGUGAAGCCUAGAGAUCUGUGAGCUCACCAAUCAAUUGCAAAUUGUACAGGGUCUGGGAGGUGGAUUUGGUUUGUGCCUAGCUUGGCUUCAAGCUGAAACAAUCAAAGGCACUUACCGGCCCAUUCAAAGCAAUUAGCUUCACCUGGGCAGGCUCAGGGAGCCUCUCUUUGGGUGGAGGUGCCUUGCACUGAUACCUUAUCAGUAUCUGAGGGAGUUGACUAAAGAUUCCUUGAGAUAUUGUCAGAAGGAUUUGUUUUGUUGCCAUACUAAUGACUUCUCAAGUUUUGCAGGCUACAAGUUCUCCCCGCAGCAUCACUACAACAGAGGACUGCCCUUUCCUCACAGCCCGGCAGUGUCAUCAGAUACACGGGGAAGCUUUACCUAAGCUUCAAUGGACUCCCACCUGAAGGAUUGACGGGGUGGGGGGUUAUGGAACUAAUGUAUUCUGUCCUGGUUUGUAAAGCAAUUCAGCAUUGUUCUUUUGUCCAAAAUAUGUCUUUGGUGUAUUGUCUUAGUAAGAAAUCAUUUGGGUGCUUGGUAUUUUAGUAUGAAGAGUCGUGCACAUCCUGAGGGGAGAUGGAACAAUGUCCUUUUCCCUAACACAUUGGCAGGGACAAAUUCUAUAAAAGGGUUACCACCUAAUUGGACUGGGGUAUGCUAUAUUGGACUGAUUCACCCACGUUUUUUCUUACUCCCAGGUGGAGAAGGAAAGGGUCUGGGAAUCAAAGUAUAUGAUAAUUUGGGAAGAAAGAGAAGGUCCAUCUCCACUCAUUUGGCACAAGGUAGUGGUCAAAAGUGGGGAAAAAGGUGACUGGACCUCCCCAACAGACUUUUAAAUACUAUGGUCCUGCUACCUGGAAACUCUGUGAAUGGUUCUUGAUUAUCUGUUAGCAGAAGAAGGAGGGGUUGUGGAAAAUUAAAUUAUUCCAACCGUUGUCUACAGAUUGAUGACAAUGGGAAAGCAGUGAGACAAAUAUCUUCUGGGAUUCGAAAAUUAGCUCAUGUACCUGUCCAGACCUGGGAAGGAUGGAAUAUGGACUGGCUCUCCUGGCUUCCAGGGGGACCUUGGGUUAAACAGAUGUUGUUUUAUUUGUUAUGUGUUUUGGCAUUGUUACUUUUCUUGCCAUGUAUCAUUCCCUGUUUUAUACAACUGAUUCAACAUGUAGUAUCCAAUAUGCAAUUUGUAUCCACUGAUGGUGUGAGACACGUUCGGGCCAUUACCCGAUCAAAACCCAUGUCUAUUGUGAAAAUUGUAUAAAACUUCCCCAUUUUUCCCCUAAACCUUUCCUUUUCCUUUCUCUCUCUUCCCCCCCCCUAUCCUUUUUCCCUCUUUUAUCUUUGUUGACGGGGUGAUGUGAGAGUCUGAUCCUCUCUCUUGUUAAUCAACAAAGAUAAAGAUUGCAUUGUCCCUCCUUAAUCUUGUUACUUCUGGGACUCAGACUCAGACUCGGUGCUUGGCCCAAAAGCUCAGAGAUGCAAAUCAACAGACAAUACCUUUGAAACUCCUAGACCUCACCCUGGCUGGACUGCCCAGGAAGCCUCCACCUUAUCUCAGCUGCCCCCAAGGGCUGUGUAUGCAGGGUGUGGACAGGUGUAGCUGAGAGAGGGCGGAGGCCCUCCCCCCGGCGACGCCAGACCCCUGCGAAUGUGUGAGAAUGCACAGGAAGAUGCCCUGGGGGGGCUGCAGCUGGACACUGAGCAGAAAACUGUAUAAAAAGGCAGGAGAAAGGCCUGCCAAAGUGUGGCAUCCCCACCAGACCAAGCGUGGCAUCCCCACCAGACCAAGCGUGGCAUCCCCACCAGACCAAGCGUGGCAUCCCCACCAGUGGUAUUCCCAUCGGACCACCAGUGACAUCUCCACCCGUGGCAUCCCCACCAGACCAAGGGUGGUAUCCCCACCAGUGGCAUUCCCAGCGGACCACCAUUCCCACCGGACCAAGAGUGGCACCUCCAUCGGACCACCAGUGACAUCUCCACCGGACCACCGAGGGCAGACCAUCACCAGACCACCAGAACUGCCCACCGCCUGAAGAACCUCUGACAAACUCCGCAGAAGAUCAUCCCUGGGCCACGCACCCGUCUCUCUCUCUCCCCUUCAUCGGCGGCUGAGGGUAAUAUGAUCACAGCCUUUUCCCCUUCCCUGCUCCUUCUUUUCCUCUCCCUCUGUUCUGAUCUUUCUCUCUCCCCCUUCUCCCCUCUCU